UUAUUAUUAUUAUUAAAUCAGGGGUCCCCAACUUGGGGGCUACAAAACGGUACUGGGAAACAAUGCAAAUGCUGAUCAGGGGUCCCCAACCCUCAGGACAUGGACCGGUUCCCUUUUGGAGACCCUAAACCCCAUGGGUUCUGGCUAACAACGGGGAGUAGGAUCCUAACCCUAACCAGUCUUUUCCUCUGUCCAAUUAUCACUAAUUACAACCUUACCCAUUGAAACCCUUACCCCCAUGACUAUCUAACAGCCCCGCACACAUAUAUACAUUUAAAUUUGACUUCACUGUAAUGGAGGGCCCUGCAGCCCUGUCCCUGGGGGAGGGGGGUUUUAUGGAGUGUGCACUAGAUCCUGGCCUCCAAUGGAGUGUAGUGUCCGAUUGCUUUCCUUCUAACCCAUUACCAGUACCCUAACUGUGUCUGCAUCCCUGAUUCAAUGGGAACAACCAGCACAUUUAAAAAACAGCCAUAUAUGUUAUAGGAGUGAAUGUGUAGUACAGUCAGCUUAAAAACUGUGUUGACAAAUUCUGCUCAGUUUAAUUUCAUGAAAAAAAUAUUUUGAGAAUCAAAUCUCAUCCUAUUUGUUGUAGGAAGCAAGAAGUAAAAAGGUUGCAACAAACGUUUCUAUCUCAUUACCCGUAUAACAAGAACUUCAGGACCAGAAGUUGCUGCACAUGUUCAGACCUGCAUUUGCAUGAUUUUGACAUGUUAUCAGUUCACUUAGUAUGUAGACAAACUAUAGGAACAAACUAUGAACAAACUCUAUCUAUCACUUCAGAUUUUUGGGGUUAAGAUGCUGGAUUUGGACUCAUUUUUGUGUUUCAGAUUUAUGAACAAACGCGUUCCUUCUAACAAGAGAUACCAGCCCACGGAAUACGAGCAUGCAGCCAACUGUGCGACGCAUGCGUUGUGGAUAAUCCCCAGCCUGCUCGGCAGCUUGCUGUUGCAUUUCUGGUCGGAGGACCAGUGGGAGCGACUGUCAGCCUGGGUGUAUGGGGCGGGGCUCAGCUCGCUCUUCAUCAUCUCCACCCUGUUCCACACUGUGGCCUGGAAGAAGAGCCAUCUACGGUCUGUGGAGCAAUGUUUCCACAUGUGUGACAGGAUGGUCAUCUACUUCUUCAUUGCUGCUUCCUACGCUCCCUGGUUGAACCUGCGGGAGCUGGGGCCAUGGGCAUGCCACAUGCGCUGGCUGGUGUGGGUCAAGGCGUCUUUUGGAACCAACUACGUUUUCUUCUUUCAUGAGAGGUACAAGCUCAUGGAGUUGAUCUGCUACACGGUGAUGGGGCUGUUUCCUGCCCUGGUCAUCUUCUCAAUGUCAGAGCAGUCGGGGUUGUGCGAGCUGCUGGUCGGCGGAGCCUGCUACUGCCUUGGUAUGAUCUUCUUCAAAAGUGACGGCAUUGUUCCGUUCGCUCACGCCAUUUGGCACCUGUUUGUUGCCAUGGGAGCAGCCGUGCAUUACUACGCCAUUUGGAAGUACCUCUAUGCCGCCACGCCGUCUCAGGUCCAGACCGCCAGGUGACAUCAGUGUUGACCUCGUGUGAGGCGACUCCUGGGGUUGGACUGCUUUUUGGUUCAAGCUAAUUCAGGGGUUGCUUCAUCUGGAGGCUUUCAGGGUGGGAGAGUGCUCGCCAUGGGCCCUCAUGAGAAUAAAACUGCCGCUGCAUUCAGGUGACCUUUGUCAGCUCAUAAAGUCUUCGAAAUUCUACUUUUAACAUUAAGGUUUCUUCCAAAAACCUGCUGAGUUCAGCACUAAAACUAAAAACAUCAAACUGACUUUUUUUUAAAAGACCCACUCUAAUCAUCUUUGAAUCUUUUGUAAAAGCAUUUGCAGUGGGCUUUUGAUUACAAUUAGGCCAUUUUUAGUAAAAAACAAAAUAAAAAUUUAUUUUUUUAGGACACAGUUUCUGCAUAGCAACAGGAGAUCAUUAGAGUAACCCCGCCCCCAUUUCCUGUCAUCCAUCUGUUGACAUGUUCUACUGCUAGCUUACAACCCCUCACAACCACAACAUUAAAACACCCAAAACAGAAUUUUCAUCAGACUGGGUCUUUAAAUAGUUUCAUUGUAUCCUUAAAAAAAUCUCACAGAAGAACAAAGACUUAAACUUUUUAAAUUUGGCAAAAACGUAUAAAAUAAACAUGUGGAAUGUUAACAAGAAAGCAGACAAAGUCCUUUAUGAUGACAGUUAUCUUAAAAAUGAGCUUCUAAUGCAGGAAUAUGAAAAAAACAAAAGCAAAACUUUAAAAUGACAAAACCCUGAAAAAAAACCCAAAUAAACCUAAAAUCGAAUUGAGAUUUAAUUUUGUGAAUUUUGGAAGCAGUUCUUGCAGCCAGGCAGCAUUUCAGCCAUUUGUUUUUGCCUUUACAAAUGUGCCUACAAACUCUGCUUUGCAGCCUUAGGAUAUAAUUUCAUGAUUUACCUUAAAUUUAAAGAUUAAAUUAUUUCAAGUACUCUGAGACUUUAUGAGCUGAAGAGGUGGUUUGAAGGCAUCAUGGGAAGUGCACCAUAAACACAGCCCUGCUGAAUUUGAAUAUAAAAUCACAAGAUUUCCCAGGAAUUCUGUGUCAUUCCAGAGAUCCUCCGUCUGCCCGUCCAUGGAGCAUGUCCAGAUUCAGCAUUCACAGGCUGAAGAGUCGGCAUUAUCUGAGUGUCAGGAGGAGAAAAUGUUUACAAUUAGCUGCCUUGACUAUCGUCAGUCCUUUUAGUAUCAUCCUUGUUGAAAGUGUUUGUGCACUUAUUACACAUUUUGAGCUUAAAAUCAGAAUUUAGCGCUCCGGUUGGAAGUGUUAUUGCUGUCAAAUUUAUUAUCCAGGCUGUCGAGACAGUUUGUUUUGAACAAAAGCUGCUUCAGUUGGUGAUCACACUCAGUUUCAUGACUAGAAUGGUGAAGUUUUUAUGUUAAAUAUCCAUAAUCUUGAAGGCUUUAUCUGUGCUCGUCUGCAGUUAUUCACAGCUCAGAAUAUCAAGCAUAUUUACUGAAUCCUAAUAUUAUAGCGCAGUUCAUAAAGUUUAGUGAGUGAAAACGCCAUCUGAACAGUUUAAACAGUAUUUAUCAGCUGUACAGUCUAUGUUUAUUAAAUCUUUUAUUUUAAUGUAUUUUAAUGUUCAAAAUAACAGAAACGAUUUUGCUCAUCCUCAAAGGAGAACCAAAAUCCGACUUAGCACUGCCAAAAAAACAAACAAAAAAACAAGAUGACUCCCUCUGGGAGGGAGGCUGAAACUUGGAUCAGAGCAAAGGCAUCUCAGGUGUGUGUAUUUGUGUUUGUAUUCGAUUCGACACCCGGGAAUCUAAAGCCUCCGAUUGGCUUCGCCGAUGUUUACACGUUAAGCACAUGAACACUUCAAACAAGUUGUCUUAGUCCUGAAUGGAGCCAGAGGUGAGAGGACACUCGUUUCACUGCCAGGAUCAGAACUAUUUUAGACUUGAAAGAACACAAAUCCACAGAUGAGCAUCAGUCACGCUGGUCUGGUUGUUUAGGUGCUGAUGCAGGUUUACGUUGACUCUGCACCCGUCCUGACUCACUACUCUGAAUGAAGCACCUUUUUUUGUUUGUUUUACAUAUUUGUGUAUAUUUGGAAUAUAAAGAUCAAAAGAACACACCUUUAGAGGAGGAAUGACAACUGAUAUCAAAUUCAAAGAGGUUAUAAUAUGUAACCAGAAAGAGACACUAUGCUAGACACAAAAACAAAUCUUUUAUUGUUAAAUUUUCACCAAAACAACAAAAAUCUUAUAAUUUGUUUUUCUCUUUUUAAUUCAUUAAGUAUUAGAGUUAAAGAAAGUUAAGAUUCAGAAAUGAUGGGAUGGAGACCACAACUUUAUUUUUUUUUUAGCUCUUUCAUUUUUAAUGUUAUGCCAAAGUGGUGGAGACAAAGCAAAUUAAAACAUAAUUAUGUGUAUGAAUGCAAUUACAGUGAAUAGAACAUGCAGAAAAAAAGUUGUCUUGUCACUUUUGCACCCCCAAAAAUUUAGGUUUGUUUAUUCCUUCAUGUCAAAAUAUUCUAAUUUGGGAGACGCAGAAGUAGAAAAAUGAGAAUAAACAUGAUCUGUAUGGUAAUGAAGAAGUUGAUUUGAUAUUUUCGUCGUAUUUAAAAUAAAACAUUUUUAUUUUAAUUUUUUUUAUUUAGCUGCACAUCAGGUAUUUCUAAACUAUUUAUAAACGGUGACUGCUUGCAGUUCACUUUUUGUUCUUUCUAGAUGAAUCGAUUGAUGUAUGAAUUCUCAUAAUAUUCAUAUUCAUAUUAAACUGGUUUGUCUGUGGUACUUUUUUGUGCUGUGAAAAGCUGAAAUGAUGCCAACAUUGCUUCUAUAUUUUCUAUUUUGAUUGUAAUAAAAAUGCUUUUUCUUGCA